AUGCCAAACGGAAACUGGAUCCUCGGCGACCUCUUCGAGAAAGAAUACGGCCAUCGCGGCAGCAUCCAAAAACUAUGGGAAUCCCGCUGGAAGAUGCCAUGCCAGCGGUCCGUCUAUCCAUUCCACGAUGGCAGCUUUUCAGACUUUGAGCCCAUCUUCCAGCAUCUGAUCGCCGCCAACAUCAACGACCCGUACUCGGACGACUACACCAACGCUUUCCUCCCAACAGCCCGGGACCUCGUGAAGAAAGCCCAGGACCUGUCCAAACUAGGCGCAAGCUCCAAAGUCGAGCACAAGGAGGAGGCGAAGACCCUGUACUUCCGCGCCAACGCCGUGUUCCGCCUCGCCCGCUUCCCCUACAUCGGCACCGACCUGAAAAGAGCUGUGUUCGAAGAGCAGAAAGAAGCGUACAUGCAAGGCACACAGCUAUGGGACGUGCCAGUGGAACAAGUCAUCGUUCCACACACGCACGCAGCCAACAACGACGCAGACAACAUCCCCCUCUACAUCCGCAAACCCAAAGGCUCCGGUCCCUUCCCCACCAUCCUGCUCAUCACCGGCCUGGAUGGGCACCGUCCAGACAACACAGAGCGCACGGAAGAACACCUCCGCCGGGGGUGGGCAACCGUAGUCUGCGACAUCCCCGGCACCACCAUCGACUGUCCCGCCAACAAGCGCGACCCACUGUCCCCCGACCGCCUCUUCAGCAGCAUCCUAGACCACAUCGAUCAAGCCCCUCACCUCGAUGCCCGGCGCGUCGUGGCGUGGGGUCUCAGCGCGGGCGGCUACUACGCAAUCCGCCUGGCGCACACGCACCGCGGCCGGCUCAUCGCCAGCGUCGGCCACGGCGCAGGAACGCACCACUACAUCGGUGCAGAGUGGCUGGCGCAGGUAGGGAAGCACGAGUACCCGUUCGGGCUGGAAGAAGCCUAUGUACAGAAAUACGGCUACAGUGAUUUCGACGAGCUGAAGGCACGGUGCCAGGAUGAUUUCAGCCUGAUUAGCGGGAAACAAGAGGGGGUGGCGGUCGUGGGGCAGGGAUGGCCGAGUUGCAGGCUGUUGCUGAUCAAUGGUACGCUGGAUGGGUGUAUGCCGGUGGAGGAUAGCAUGUUGCUGGCCGAGUAUGGGACGCCGAAGGAGAUGCGCUUCAUCAGGGACAGACUGCACAUGGGGUAUCCCGAGGCGAACGGCGUUGUGUAUCCGUGGCUGGAGGAGGUCAUGGGGUCGAAGGCGAGCUAG